UUUGGUGGUGGGUGUAGCAUUAGCAGCACUGCUAAUGCUAACUCUGGUGGUGGCUUUCCUGCACCUUUUUCCUCUGCACAGCUACAGUCCCCACAGAGUUUUGGGUAUCAGGUGGCCUCAGUAGCCACGUCACAGCCCAUGGCAGGUCACACACACCCAUCCUGCUGCGGGCACCUUCACAAUUGUUCCUCCCUCUCAGUGGGGUGUCUGCAGUCAAAACACUUGUCUGGCUCUGCACCCAUCCAUGGGCCCUGCGUGGCCUUAUCUGGGUGCUGCCACUGUAGCGAGGACCAUUGGGUGGAGCAGCAAUACCAUUCACACAGCGACACACCCUCCUCUACUCACCUCUGCACUAAGCCUUUGUACCUCGAGCACAACACAGUGUGUCAGAAGGGAGCACAUUACUGCCAUCAGAGUUUAAGAAAGCCCACACAGGGUUUGGGAGCUGCUGACUCUGAGAAGGUUUGGCCAAACAUCCCCCCUCCUCAUCCCUGCACCUCUGCUCUACCUAUGUGUAAUGGCUGUAGAGUUCCUGCAACCUCCAGUGAUGGCAUUCUGCACCCCACCAGCAUAGGCAAAGUCAAUCAGAAAUAUGGGUCCAUUGAAGGUGGUGGACAAGAGUCCUUGCCCCCGGUGGGUGUUUUCUGUGACAUAGAGAACUGUGCUGUACCCAGUGGCCGUUCAGCUGCCACAGUGGUCCAGAGGCUACGUGAGCGUUUCUUCCAGGGACACCGCGAAGCCGAGUUCAUCUGCAUAUGUGACAUCAGCAAGGAGAACAAGGCUGUCAUUCAGGAGCUCAACAACUGCCAGGUCACUGUUGCUCACAUAAACGCCACAGCCAAAAAUGCAGCUGAUGACAAACUACGACAGAGUCUGAGGCGCUUUGCUGAAACACACACCGCUCCUGCCACAGUCAUUGUAGUUUCUUCCGACGUGAACUUUGCCAGCGAGCUGAGUGACCUGCGUCAUCGCCAUGGCUUCCAGGUCAUUCUGGUGCACAAGACUCAAGUCUCCCCUGCUCUGCUGCAGCACGCACACCUACAUGUCCUAUUCGAGGACUUUGUCUUGGAAUUGCCCCCCAGGAUGCUAAUCAAAUCACAGCCCUGUUUCAACCUCCUCUAUGUGCACAACCUCCCCACGCACCGCGACGCCAAGUCUGUCAGUAGCAGGCUUCAGCGCCUGUCCAAUAACUGUGGUGGGAAAGUGCUGGGCGUGACCGGUGGCACUGCUGUGCUCCGAUUUGCCAGUGCAGUGGCAGCCGAGCGCGCCCGCAAGCGCAUGGAGAACGAGGACGUCCUAGGGAACCGCAUCACUGUCUCAUUUUCACCUGACGGGCUACAGGAGGAGGAGGAGGUGGAGCGGCCUUGGCCUGCUGCCAGUUCCUCCUUUUCUAGUGCCCUGUUCCUCCCUGUGGAGAAGCCGCGAUCACCACGGCGCUCCAGGAGGGCAUUGCGAGCCUCUCAAAGCGGCAUAGACACUGGGGUAAAUGUUCCAGAAAGACCCUACAGCCCUAGGAAAGUGGGGCAUGCUUCUUCCUGCAGCCCAGUGUUGAAGUCCCUUUCCCAGGUCAGCGGUGUAACGGUGACUUCUGCCUCCAUUCUGCCUUCAGCCAUUAAGAUCCUUACACCAAGCCUGCUUUCCAGCUUAAUAAAAUUCUGGGCCCACAAGUCAAAGAUUCUCCAACAUACCAAAGAUUGCCACAGAGAACGUUUUUCUAAUUUGACUUAUUUCCUCUUAACAGGUGAAAGCUGCUUUCAAACAGUCACCUUGCAAAUGAUUAGAAAUGAAUUUGUUGGCGAAUGUUGA